AUGGUGUCCUACUAUGGAAGUCAAUGGGACGAUUGCUGUGCACCUGGUCUCACAUACCGGUCAGACAGAGCAGUCAACAGCUACCAAGGGAGUCUGGAGGAUGUAAAACCACAAAACUCAUGGCUCACAAUUAACUGUUUCAAUCCUGUGUUCCAGGGUCACCAAACAGCUUUACACCGGGCAGCUGUUGUGGGAAACCGUGAUGCCAUCUCUGCUCUCAUCCGUGGAGGAUGUGCACUAGAUCUUCAAGACAAGGAAGGCAACACUGCUUUGCAUGAGGUGUCGUGGCACGGCUUCAGUCCGUGUGUUAAGCUACUGGUCAAAGCUGGAGCAGAUGUCCAGGUGCCGAACAAAGCAGGAAACACAGCGCUACAUCUAGCAUGCCAGAAUGGACAUCGCCAAACUGCAAGAAUGCUGUUACUUGGUGGAGCGGUGGCCGACAGCAAAAACAAUGCACGUGACACGUGUUUACACAUGGCUGCUCGCUACAAUCACUUGGCCAUUAUUAAGUCUCUCCUGGAUUCUUUGUGUUCAGCUGCUGAGAAAAACAAGGUUGGAGAGACGGCUCUCCAUGUAGCUGCUGGUUUAAACCACAAGAAAGCUGUUCGUUUGUUACUGGAAGCUGGAGCUGAUGCAUACACAAAAAACAAUGCAGGCCACACUGCUCUUGAUAAAGCCCGGGACAAUAACAAUAAAGAUGUGGCCAUUCUUCUAGCAAAGUCUAAUCAGGUCCAAAAGAUUGCACGCAGAAAAACAAUGAAGAAAAGAAGAGCUGUAUUACAAACACAGAGCAGAACUCAAUCCAUCCCCAGAGAUCAGGUCACACUACAGACUUCAGAUCAGAGAUUUCCUGAAGUGGAUGGAGCACACGGAGGUGAUUAUGUACAACCAGAACAGAACAAACCAACUUUGAGCCUUUCUACAAGGAAAAAGAUCAAGAAAUCAAGACAGAAGGCUACUGUAAAAGAUUGUUACUGUAAGCCCCUCAUCAAAAAGCUGGAGAAUAAACUGAAAGCCAAGGAGAUGGAAAUGAGAUCACAAAUUCACACCGUUGAACAGGAGAUGAACUGCAGACUGGAGAAAAUAGAGCAUAAAGACAAACAUCAGAUUAAAGCGCUUGAGAAACUCACACAGGAGCAUGUGUCUGCCGAGAGGACAGAGUGCCAUUAUCGGAUCAAUCAGAGGGCCACUCUGAAAUGCAUGGAGGGAGAAAAAAGACAGCAGGUUGAAACACGUUACUACAAACUCCUGCGGUCUCCAUCGGCGGAUCAUUCUCUGGUGGACACAGAUCCAGAAGGUCUUCCUUUGCUUUCAUUUAUGUCAGAGGAGAGCUCCAGCUCACUGGCCACCUAUGUCAAUGUGUUACCCAGCCCUGGCACAAGCCCUGGCACGAGACAAUACCUUCAUAUGAAGAUGAAUGGCUCAUCAGAUGAUUAUUAUAAUCCAAAAGACCUAUCCAUCUUCAAACACAAACCACUCAUAAGGAGUUUGGCCACUGCUGACCCCCCGUGGCAGAGAGAAGAAACACAGGAGGCAGAUGCAUCAACAUCCAGGCCAUACAAGGGGAUUGAACCCGGUGACAGCAGUGCCAGAAGCAGCAUGUCUACGUCCACCAAACAAUUGAACGACAGUGAUACAGACACAAAGCCCAGCCCGGCCUGGAGACAUGGCAAACAUUUAAAGAACAGAAUUAAAGCGCACCGCAUUCACACCAAGCAGGGCGGCGCCGUGUCAACGUUGGAGGUUUUUAGCCAAGGGCCUGCAGAGGCCACCUUCAUCCAGGAGCGGGCAAACCUGCAUGCCAUGGAAGUGACGCAACAUUUCUUUGAAACGGUUUCCACGCAACUGGAACGCUGGUAUGAGAGGAAAAUUCGGGAUGCUCAAAGGGAGGUGGAACAGAAAGCUCAGCAAGAAAGAGUCAGUCUGCUUCAAAAGAUCAAGAUGCUUGAAGAAGAGCUGCAGAGACUUCACACUAAUACAGAGACAUGAAAUGCUGACACAUAGUGAUCACUAUCA